AUGAAACGACGCGCACAGGACGAGAUAAUUACGAGAAAAAAGACAAAGGCACUUAAUACAUUACAUAGCCAUUCACCAAACCAUGAACAAAACUUUAUUCAGCUCGAAAUGUCUAAAGCUCAAGUAUAUUAUUAUCCUUCCGUUUUUUCCUUGCAAGACUGCUUAAAAUAUUAUUCCGACCUUGUUACUCUUCCUUAUUGGUCUCGACCAAUCUUUAAAAUAUUUGGACGUCUUGCAAAGGCGGCCCGACUCACUUGCUCAUUUGGUUCAACUCCCGAUAAGGUUUAUAGAUAUUCUGGAACUGCCGCUAAGGUAGAUUCAAUUGACUAUCCACCUUCCAUAACAGUUAUCAAAGACAAAAUUGAGUCGAUUUUGGAUACAAAAUUUAAUUUUGUUUUAUUAAACUGGUACCAAAAUGGUAAUGAUUCCAUUGGUAGUCACGCUGAUGAUGAAAAAGGUCUUGCGCCUCAAGGGGUCAUUGCCUGCGUUAGUUUUGGCGCGCCAAGAACUUUUAUAUUUCAAAAUAAAUCGGAUAAAAAGUUGGUGCAUAAGAUCGUACUUGAGAAUGGUUCUUUAACUGUCAUGAAGGGUACAACUCAACAAUUUUGGAAACAUUCAAUUCCAAAAGAAAAGAGUAUUAAAGAUGGCAGAAUCAGUUUAACCUUUAGACAACUUCAAUAA